AUGGCAGCAUCCGGUACCGUCGCGCCCGAGAUCCUCUGGGCCCAGCGCUCCUCGGACGAUGAGCCCGAGAAGAACGUCAUCAUGCUCACGAUCAACGUGCCCAACCUCCCCGCCCCGCCGGCGACCAAGUUCGACCUCACCUCGACCGGCUUUGAGUUCCACGCCAAGGUCGGCGAUGCGUCCAAGGGCAUCGAGGCAAAGGAGUACGCCUUUAAGCUCGACUUCUUUGGCGAGAUUGACGUAGAGAAUUCCAAGCAGAGCCUGACGUCCAAGUCGCUCUACGCGGUGCUGCGCAAGAAGGAGGCCAAGCUCGAGUACUGGCCGCGCCUGACAAAGGACAAGGUGCGGCUGCACAAUGUCAAGACCGACUUUGACAAGUGGGUCGACGAGGACGAGCAGGACGGCGACGCAGAGGACCUGGCCGGCAUGGGCGGCAUGGGCGGCAUGCCCGGCGGCCUCGACCCGAGCAUGAUGGGCAUGGGCGGUGCCGGCGGCGGAGGAAUGGGCGGCAUGCCCGGCGGAAUGGACCUCCAGUCGAUGCUCGCCUCGAUGGGCGGCGGCGCCGGCGGCAUGCCCGACUUUGGCGCCGGCAGCGACAGCGACGACGAGGGCGACGACGUUGAGGGCGCCGACAACGACGCCCAGUCGGCCCCGCUCGACCAGGCCGGCGACGCAGCCGCAAAGGCAAAGGACGUCGAGAGCGUCGACUGA